GGCAUUUGUUGCCGUUAGUGAUAAGCACGUCUGGCAACACAUCAUUCCCUCCAACUCCCUUCUUUCUCUCUCUAACUUUUUUCUCUCGCUCUAUACUUCAUUUGCUAUUCUCGCUUCUUUUCUUCUUCUCUUUACCCCCACCUUUAUCCCUCUCUCUCAACUUUCCUUUUAGCCUGUCCAGCUUUUCUCUGUCUUUGCUACUAAAACAAAGGAGGAGGAAAUCAAGAAAAAAAAAGAAAUUUCUAAUUUUCUCUUAAUUUUUUUUAUUAGAUUGGAUCUGGGGUUGCUUCUUUAUUGGAUUAUCAGCUUCAAAGGCCAGGGUAAUCCUUUCUCUAUAUUCUGCCUGGAGUUGUGGCAAUCCAAGUAAUUGAAGAGCAGAAACAGUAUGGCUGUUUCCAUGAGAGAUUUAGACUCGGCCUUUCAGGGAGCUGGACAAAAGGCUGGACUUGAAAUAUGGCGGAUUGAAAACUUUCGUCCUGUUCCUGUGCCGAAGUCUUCUCAUGGAAAAUUUUUUACUGGGGACUCCUAUGUAAUUUUACAGACAACUGCACUAAAAAGUGGUUCCUUACGUCAUGAUAUUCAUUAUUGGCUAGGUAAAGAUACCUCUCAGGAUGAAGCAGGUGCUGCUGCCAUUAAAACAGUUGAACUAGAUGCUGCUCUUGGAGGCCGUGCUGUGCAGUAUCGUGAAGUACAGGGACAUGAAACUGAGAAGUUCUUAUCUUAUUUUAAACCAUGUAUUAUACCUCAAGAAGGUGGAGUCGCAUCUGGAUUCAAACAAGCUGAGGCCAUGGAACACCAGACACACUUGUUUGUUUGUAGAGGAAAACACGUUGUCCAUGUGAACGAGGUUCCUUUUGCUCGAUCCUCACUCAACCACGAUGAUAUUUUUAUUCUUGAUACAAAGUCAAAAAUUUUUCAAUUUAAUGGCUCCAACUCAUCCAUUCAAGAGAGAGCUAAAGCUUUAGAGGUGGUUCAGUACAUCAAAGAUACUUAUCAUGAUGGAAAAUGUGAGGUGGCUGCUGUUGAGGAUGGAAAAUUGAUGGCUGAUGCUGAAACUGGAGAGUUCUGGGGUUUCUUUGGUGGCUUUGCUCCACUUCCAAGGAAAACAACUAGUGAUGAGGAUAAGACUGAUGUUUCUUUUCCUACUAAGCUGUUUCAUGUUGAGAAGGGACAGGCAGAACCUGUUGAAGCUGAUUCUUUGACAAGGGAGUUGCUGGACACCAAUAAGUGUUACAUUCUAGAUUGUGGAGUUGAAGUCUUUGUAUGGAUGGGGAGAAAUACUUCUCUUGAUGAAAGGAAAAGUGCCAGCGGAGCAGCGGAAGAGUUAGUCCGUGCUGCUGAACGUCCAAAUUCCCGCAUUGCUCGUGUAAUUGAGGGGUUUGAGACGGUGAUGUUUAGAUCAAAAUUUGAAUCGUGGCCUCAGACAACUAACGUGACUGUGUCUGAGGAUGGUAGAGGAAAAGUUGCGGCACUUUUAAGACGCCAGGGGGUUAAUGUCAAUGGUCUGUUGAAAACUGCUCCUGUGAAAGAAGAACCUCAACCAUACAUUGAUGUCACUGGGAAUUUGCAGGUUUGGAGUGUGAAUGACCAGGAAAAGAUUCUCAUUCCUGCUGCAAAUCAGUCAAAAUUUUACAGUGGAGGUUGCUAUAUUUUUCAGUAUUCAUAUCCAGGAGAAGACAGGGAAGAAUAUCUUAUAGGAACAUGGUUUGGGAAGAAGAGUGUUGAGGAGGAAAGAGCUUCUGCUAUUUCAUUGGCGAGCAAGAUGGUUGAAUCAUUAAAGUUUCUACCUGCCCAGGCUCGCAUCUUUGAAGGAAAUGAGCCUAUCCAGUUCUUUUCAAUCUUCCAGAGCUUCAUUGUAUUUAAGGGUGGUCAUAGCUCUGGUUACAAGAAAUAUAUUGCUGAAAAUGAACUCCCAGAUGAGACAUGCAAGGAGGAUGGUGUUGCGUUAUUCAGGGUUCAGGGUUCUGGACCUGAUAAUAUGCAGGCUAUACAAGUUGAGCCAGUUGCAUCAUCACUGAAUUCCUCCUACUGUUACAUAUUACAUAAUGACUCCUCUGUUUUUACGUGGUCCGGAAACCUUACUACUUCAGAGGACCAGGAACUUAUUGAAAGGCAGCUGGAUUUGAUAAAGCCAAAUAUGCAGUCUAAGCCACAAAAGGAAGGUUCGGAAUCUGAACAAUUUUGGGAUCUGUUAGGAGGUAAAUCUGAAUAUCCCAGUCAAAAACUUGCAAGGGAAGCUGAAAGUGAUCCGCACCUAUUCUCUUGCAUAUUUUCGAAAGGAAACCUGAAGGUUUCUGAGAUAUACAACUUCACCCAGGAUGAUUUAAUGACUGAAGAUAUUUUUAUCUUGGAUACUCACUCUGAGAUCUUUGUCUGGGUGGGGCAACAGGUUGACUCCAAAAGCAAACUGCAAGCCUUAAGUAUUGGAGAGAAAUUUCUUGAGCAUGAUUUUCUGUUAAAGAAGUCAUCCGGUGAAACUCCAAUAUAUAUUGUUAUGGAAGGGAGUGAACCACCUUUCUUCACACGCUUCUUCACAUGGGAUUCUGCAAAAUCUUCAAUGCAUGGAAACUCAUUCCAAAGGAAACUUGCAAUUGUAAAAAAUGGGGGUACUCCACUUCUAGAUAAACCCAAACGUAGAACACCCGUAUCUUAUGGAGGCAGAUCUAGUGUACCUGACAAAUCACAGCGUUCCAGAAGCAUGUCUUUCAGUCCUGACAGAGUUCGAGUUAGGGGAAGGUCUCCAGCCUUCAAUGCCCUAGCUGCUAAUUUUGAGAACCCUAAUGCCAGAAACCUUUCAACUCCACCACCAGUUGUAAGAAAGGUAUAUCCAAAGUCUGUGAGCCCUGAUUCAGCAAAACUGGCUUCCAAAUCUGCAGCUAUAGCAGCAUUGACUGCAAGUUUUGAACAACCACCACCAGCACGACAAGUUAUUAUGCCGCGGUCUGUCAAGGUGAGCCCUGAGACUCCAAAAUCGACACCUGAGUCAAACUCUAAGGAGAAGCCUAUAAGCAUCAGAAUCGAAUCCCUGACCAUACAGGAGGAUGUGAAAGAGGGUGAAGCUGAAGAUGAGGAAGGGCUCCCAAUUUAUCCAUAUGAACGCCUUAAAGUUGACUCGCCAAAUCCUGUAACUGAAAUUGAUGUGACCAAGCGAGAGACUUACCUCUCAGCAGCAGAAUUUAGGGAGAAAUUUGGGAUGGCAAAGGAUGCUUUCUAUAAGUUGCCCAAAUGGAAACAGAACAAGCUCAAAAUGGCCCUUCAAUUGUUCUGAGUCUCCAUCAUGCCUCAGCUUUUCCUUCAGCUCCCUGCUACGGAGGCUGCCGGUGGAAAAGCUUGCUUGUGAAUCUGUAAAAGUUGUUCCUGUGCAAUAGUUGUAUUUUUGGCAUCCUCAAUUUCUUCUAUUCUUUAGCAAUCUAAAUGACACUUUUUGUUUCUUGCUGCAGUGAACGAACUUGGUUUCUCAGAAUUUAAAAGGGACAGCAUCAGUGCUUUUUUAGCUGCUUCUGCCCCCAGGAAGCUUGUUUUCUCGAUUGUCUAAACAAAUCAGAGAUUUUUGCCAUUUCUCACUCUUUUCCUUUUCUUCCUUCUCCAUAUGGUGGUUUGAAUGUCGAACUCUACAUAUUUUUUCCCCUUCCUUUUUUCGGUUUGAGCUAGUUCUUCGGUAUUCUUUUAUGGUUACAGGUUGAUUGUGAGCUUGAGUUUUUGUUUUUCAUUUUCGGAUCACAUUGGAUUGUUUUCAGUAUAGUAGGGGCUUGAGAUGAAGAAGAUUUAGGUUUAUUGUACAACUGAGGAUGUAAGUGUGUAGAGCAGUGUAAAACCAGUCCACUCAUCAUUUGUUUCCGAUUAAAGUGUGUUUCUUUC